CGACGCCCCGUCGGGGCUCGGAGCGCGGCCUGAGCGCGGCCAUGACUCUGGCCGUCUUCUUCGGCUGCGCCUUCAUCGCCUUCGGGCCGGCGCUGGCGCUCUUCCUGCUGACGGUGGUGGCCGAGCCGCUGCGCAUCAUCAUCCUCAUCGCAGGGGCCUUCUUCUGGCUGGCCUCGCUGCUCUUCUCCUCGCUGGUCUGGUUCAUCGCGGCCAAGGCCAGUGACCCGUCCAACGAGGCGCUCCAGAGGGGCCUCCUCAUCUUCGGCGUCAUCUUCUCGGUGCUGCUGCAGGAGGCCUUCCGCUUCCUCUACUACAAGCUGCUCAGGAAGGCGAUUGAGGGGCUGUUGGCCCUGAGUGAAGAUGGCUGCUCUCCCAUCUCCAUCCAGCAGAUGGCGUACGUGGCCGGCCUGGGCUUUGGGCUCAUGAGUGGGGCCUUCUCCAUGAUCAACCUUCUGGCGGACGCUCUGGGGCCAGGCACGGUGGGGAUCCACGGGGACUCCCAGCUCUACUUCCUGACGUCAGCCUUCAUGACGCUGGUGCUGGUCCUUCUGCACACCUUCUGGGGGAUCAUCUUCUUCCACGGUUGUGAGACCAAGCAGUGGUGGGAAGUGGGGGCUGUGGUGCUCACCCACCUGAUCGUCUCUGGCCUGACGUUCUGGAACCCGAUCUACCUGGGGAGCCUCCUCCCUGCCUACCUGCUCAUGGCAGGUGCUGCCGUCUGGGCCUUCCUCGUGUCUGGCGGCUCCAAAGAGAACCUGCGCCACUUCCUACUGUGCCUGCGGAGUGGGACACCGCCACCGCCCGGAUCCUGAGGCCCCGCUGGGCUCCCCCGCCCUGUCCUUUGAAGCCAUUUGCUGGGGCAAGGAGGACGCAGCUGCUGUGCCUUUGGGAGUGCUUCUGGGCCCGAGGAGGGGGCCGCUGGACUUGCCCCCAGAAGCCCCUCUUGGGGCAAGUUCCCAUAGGAGGUCUGGGCACAAGGGGCGCUGCAGCAGAGCUCCUGGACCCUGUGAAUCUGCAGCAAAAGCCCCCUCCCUCCAGAGAGGGGUUCCUGGCUCUGGCCAGCUGGUGUUGUUUAAAUAGGGGGUGGGCUUUGGGGGUGCUGGGGCGAAUGACAGGUGCCGGCAUAGGGUGUUGGCGGGGGUGAGCAUCUGUCUCUGUGGGGUGGGGGUGCAGAGGGAGAGCCAGCUGUGUGGUCUGCUUAGAGGAGAGAGGGGAUCGGGGUGGGGGUUACUGGGGAAGGGGGAGUGCCCCACCUGGCCUCUUUCUUUCAUGGGGGGGGGCACAUCUGCACAUUUGUACUAAUAAAAAGGCUGGAUGAGGCCCACAGUGUGUGCGCACCUGUCUGUCGGCAGUGGUGGGGUUGAUGGUGCUACACUGAGGGAGGGGGGCUUCAGAGAGGGGGCUGCAUCCUCUGAGAAAUAGGGCUGGGUUGGCUGCUGGUUGCUUCUGGGGCCCCUCCUGUUCGGAUUAUGUUUCUGGGGGUGGCAAGAUGUCCUUUGGUGUCCUUCCAGUCUGAUGAGAAAUGGUUGAGGGGGCUGGUUUUGUUUAGCCUGGAAAAGAGGAGACUGAGAGGAGAUAUGAGAGCCAUCCUCAAAUAUCUCAAGGGCUGCCACAUGGAAGAGGGAACAAACUUGGCUUCAAGUUACAAGAAAGGAGAUUCCAGCUAAACCUCAGGAAGAACUUUCUGGUGUCAAGAGACAGUCUCCCUCUGCAGCAGUGUUUCCCAACCUUUGGCCUCCAGCUGUUUUGGAAUACAACUCCCAUCAUCCAUGGCCACUGGUCUUGCUAGCUAGGGAUGAUGGGAGUUGUAGUCCAAAAGCAGCUUGAGACCCCAAGUUGGAUGUGGAUUCCCCUUCCUUGGAGGUUUUUAAGCACAGCUUGGAUGGCCACCUGCCAUGGAUGCUUUAGUUGAAUUUCCUUCAUUGCAGAGGAUUGGGCUAGAUGCCUCUCAGGGCACCUUCCAACUCAACAGUUCUAUUAAAUGAAUAGAUACUUUUGGGUAAUUGGACCUCAAUUAAUCCAGGGUUUUCAACACUAGUACUAAUUGGGCCCUAAAAUGCCUCCUGUUUCAUUGUAUACUCUGGGACAAUUUUUCAAUGUGAGGAGCACCCAAAUAUAGAAAGAAACACAGUUUCUUUGAUAAACUACACAGGUAAGGCCACAUGAGCCGCCUCCUCCAACCGUCCUCAAACCUUUCCUUUAUGGAAAAAGCUAAUAUAGCUCCAAAUAACUGCCAUGAAGAUGCAUCCUGAGAGCAUUAGGCCUGAGCUCUUUGACUGCCUCUCCCUUUGCUGGGACCUGGAGCUUAUCCUGCUUCUGACAUCAUUGUUUAUUUGAGUUUUAUACCACCCUUCACUGAUGCCCUAAGGAUACACCUGCAUUCAACCUCAGCCAUAUCCACAGAAACCCCCGUGGCCAGUCAACCUCUGCAACUAGCUUCCCAUCAGCCUGACACUCUAACAAUGUCAGCCAUUAAAGAAAACAGAAAUAAAUAGAGGAAAAGAGGGGCACUGUUGGGGAAGGGGUCUUCACCUGGUCCAUCUCUGUCCUGCUGAUCGUUAUCCAUUCUUGCUUCAACUUGGGAAUCAGGAAGUCUGGCCUUUAAAUCCAUGCCCAGAACAGGAUUGUGGUGCCUUCACAUCAAGCCAGUGUGAAGAGAGCAAUCCUGGUGGUGCCAGGCUGAUUCAAGUGCCAGGAGGGCCCCUGCCAGCUGGUGCGAAGGGAGGCCAAUCCCGCUUGGCUGACUCCUUGUUUCUCCUUCCCAUGUCAAGUGGUGAGAAGGACAAAACAGUAACCUAAGUGGAGCCUGGCUGCUGGAUCAGGCCAAGGGCCAGAGUGUUCUGCAUCCUGUUCUCACAGUGGCCAACCAGAUGCCCAUUAUGGGAAACCUGCAAGCAGAACAGGCAGAAAGCACCCUUUUGCGGGCAAAGCCAAAAUGUCCUGCUUGCAGCUGCCUUUGAGCCACCACACCAGGAACCUCAGCCGAGGGAUCUUGACAGGUGGCAAGGACAUCUCACCUGUCAAUCAGGUGACAGCAUGAGGUCAUGUGAUUCACAGUCGGCCAGCUUCACCCACCUGCCAGCUUUAGCAAAGGCUGGUCUUGACAAGGAUCC